GCGUGUAUCGGGAUCUUCAACGAAACUCUCAACUACACGCAAGCUGUCAAUGCUUGCAAAGAGAAACAAAGCUUCCUGAUAUCGCUCAAAAACAGAGACAAGCUCGAAAUUCUUAGAAAUGAAGUGUCUACCACCUACGCAGCUACCUGGAUCGGCUUGGAUGACACGGAUACAGAAGGAAACUUUAUCUGGAUAGAAGACUUGACCCAACUGAAUGACACGUUGAAAGUUCAGAUUUUUAACGCUGGCGAGCCGAACAACGGCCGUGAUAAAGAGCACUGUGUUCAAUAUGUCUCUAAACAUAAAUUGCUCAACGAUGACGACUGCAAGGAAUUACAACCCUACGUGUGUGAACAAACUGCUGUUUAG